AUGAUUCCGGCAUCAAGAUCUCGGGCGUUUGCCCGCGCAAUCCUCUCCUCCCACGGCAGCCGCCAUCUCUCCUCGACCUCGAGCACACCCAUAACCUCCGUCCUCAUAGCCAACCGUGGUGAAAUCGCCCUUCGAGUUGGACGCACUGCUUCUGAGUUAGGCGUACGUUGCACGACAAUAUACACGGAUCCGGAUGCACACUCCCAGCAUGCCCUAUCGAGCCCCUUCGCGGUAAACCUCGGCGCUGCCAAUGCAUACCUCGAUGGGGAGCGGAUUAUAUCUGUAGCGAAGGAGCAGGGCUGUGAGGCUUUACAUCCGGGAUACGGCUUCUUGAGCGAGAAUUCCGCAUUUGCGAAGAGGUGUGUGGAGGAGGGAUUAGUGUUCAUUGGCCCACCGUGGAAGGCCAUCGAAGCAAUGGGGAACAAGUCGCGGAGUAAGGAUAUUAUGAUCAAGGCAGGUGUGCCUUGUAUACCUGGAUACCAUGGAACAAAUCAAGAACCCGAAUACCUAUUGGAGGAAGCUAGGAAGAUUGGAUUUCCAGUCAUGGUCAAGGCUGUCAAGGGAGGUGGUGGGAAGGGUAUGCGGAUUGCUUUUAAUGAGCAGGAAUUCCUGGACAAGUUGGAGAGUGCUAAGAGUGAGGGGCGGAACUCUUUUGGGGACGAUGUUAUGCUGGUCGAGAAGUACAUUGGUACACCUAGACAUAUCGAGGUUCAGAUAUUCGCAGAUAAGUACGGAAAUGCUGUUGCAUUAGGAGAGCGAGAUUGUAGUCUUCAAAGGAGGCACCAAAAAAUCCUGGAAGAGGCUCCAGCACCAAAUCUGGCAGAAGAUAUCAGACAAGACCUUUGGGAGAAGGCAAGAGCAGCCGCAUUAGCUGUGGGUUACGAAGGUGCCGGAACUGUGGAAUUCAUCUUUGACAAUGAUACCAAUGAGUUCUUUUUUAUGGAAAUGAACACGAGACUCCAGGUUGAGCACCCGGUCACUGAAGCAAUCACUGGAGAAGACCUCGUUUCAUGGCAAUUUAAGGUUGCUGCUGGCGAACCCUUACCCCUUGACCAAGAGACAAUUGCUCAACGGAUAUCAGAGCGUGGAUGGGCUAUUGAGGCUCGUAUCUAUGCCGAAAAUCCCAGCCAGAAUUUCAUGCCCGAUUCUGGCAAGCUCAUCCACCUUCGCACACCUCAGAUAUCUCAGAGUGUUCGGAUUGAUGCUGGCUUUAUUGAGGGCGAUACUGUCUCGUCAAACUAUGAUGGCAUGAUCGCAAAGCUCAUUGUCAGUGGGCCAACAAGAGAAGUGGCUAUAGGAAAACUGCAUGCUGCAUUGCAGGACUAUAAAGUCGUUGGUCUAAGCACCAAUAUCGAGUUCUUGAAGAAGAUUUGCAAGAGCCCUGCCUUCAUCAGAGGCGAGGUCGAAACUGGAUACAUCCAAAAGCACAAUGGCGAACUCUUUGCCCCGGAAUCUGUGGAGCCAGAGACUUUUGCUCAGGCUGCUUUGGGUCUUCUAGCCAAAGAACUGUCUGGAUCGGGAGUCCCUGCUUCCCAGGGCCCACACGGACAAAGUAUCGGAUUUGCCCCAAGCAGUCAACGCCAAUUUACCUUCCUUACUUCGACAGGCUCAGAUGCGGAGCUGGUACAGGUGUCUAUCAACCAAUCGGGUAGAAACUUGUUCGAUGUCAUCGUGAAUGGCCAGGGACUUGACAUGACCUACACAAACGUGAUUUGCGAGCCACUCGCUCCUUCUAUUUCGACUUUCUUUCCCCAUACCCGAAUAGAGAGCACAAUUAUAGCGGAUGGUGAUAAGAUCACCCUCUUCCAACGUGGUAAGCAGACACAACUGACGUUGGCAACGCCGAGCUGGUAUGAAAAAGCCCUCGGGUUGAAGGAUGUUGCGAACAGCAUUUUGGCGCCGAUGCCUUGCAAGGUUCUGAGGAAUGAGGUGAAAGAGGGUGAUGCAGUGGAGAAAGACCAAGCUCUAGUUGUCAUUGAAAGCAUGAAGAUGGAGACGGUCAUCCGAUCGCCUCAGAAAGGCGUUAUUGCCAGACUAGUUCACAAGGAAGGAGAUAUUUGCAAGGCUGGGACUGUCUUGGUGCUAUUUGAAGAAGUAAGUAGAUGA